AUGACGAGAUCAACCCUCGAUAUCGUUCUCCAGAACAAUACGGGCUCCGCCAACGCCUACGCCUACGUAACCGGCCUGGACCUCAACCGCAACAAUGCCGUCUUCCUUCUCCAGGCCGACGGCGUCACCGGCUACUACCCGAGCUCGCCCUCGGACAUCCUCCAGGACGUCGGCGCCGACACCGCGAUCCCGCUCGGCGCGCCGGGGUCGACGAAGAAGCUGACCAUUCCCCAGAUCGCCGGCGGCCGCAUAUGGUUCUCUCGGGACGGCCCGCUCAAGUUCUUCCUGAACCCGGGCCCGGCCGUGGUGGAGCCCUCGGCGACCAACCCGGCGGACCCCAACUACAACCUCAACUGGGGAUUCUGCGAGUUCACCUUCAACAGCUUCCAGGUCUACGUCAACAUCUCGUACGUCGACUUUGUCAGCAUCCCCGUGUCCCUGACGCUCGAGAACGACGCCGGCACCGUCACCAACGUGCCAGGGUUCCCGAGCAACGCCCUCGACAUCAUCUGCGACAAGCUCAAGGCGCAAGAUGCCGCCGACGGCGCGGGCUGGAGCAACCUCGUCGUGCGCACGGCGGACGGGUCCGCCAACCUGCGCGCCCUGAGCCCCAACUCGGGUAUCGUCAUGAACCAAAACCUCUUCAACGGGUACUACCAGCCCUACGUGGACGCCGUGUGGGACAAGUACCGCUCCGCCGACCUCACCGUCAACACGCAGGCCGAAUGGGGCGACGUCAAGGGCCGCGUGGGCUCCGAUAAUCUCCUGACGUUCGGCUCCGUCGGCUCCUUUGCCCAGCCCGCCGCCCGCGACAUCUUCAGCUGCAGCACGGGGCCGUUUGGCGGGUACCCCAAUAACCAGGCUGAGAUGGGGGCCAUCGGCGCCCGCAUCGCGGCGGCCUUUAACCGGUCGACACUGCUCAUCAAUGACCGGCAGCCCGAGGGGGAAAGCGUAGCCAACUACUACAAGGACGUCCGGACGAACCACUACUCGCGCAUUUGUCACGAGGUCAGCCCUGACGGCCGCGGCUACGCGUUCCCCUACGACGAUGUCAGCUCGUCAAACGGCACCGACCAGUCCGGUUCGCUGUUCGACUCCAACCCGAAGCUUCUCACCGUUGGCAUCGGCGGCGGCAAUGGUACGACUGCUGCUGCGGCUGAGGCCCCGACUGAGGUUGCAACGAAAGAGGCUGUAACUGCUCCUGCGACAACGUCAGAAAAGCAACCGCAAAAGGAAGAAGCGCAGUCGCAAAAGGAACUCCGCCGGAGCAAUACCAAGAGCAAGAGGCAGAGGCUGUGGGCCCGUGUGAAAGCCCUGGUGUAA